UCCGGAGCGACCCCUUCCCGGGGAUCCUCCCGGUCCUGCUCAACCCCGCGGACACGUGUGGGUGCCGGGUACGCUUCCCCAGCCCGGUGCCGGUGGCCCGGGGGUGUUGCCGCGGGAGGGCGGGUGCUGGGGUGUCCUCGGGGGACGCUGUUCUGCGUGUCCAGCCCCUUCCUGUCCCUCAGCUCCCCCACGCAGCGUGUCUUUUCGAUCACAGCGUGUGCCGCCGGUAACGGGAGAGCAGCCACCGCAGAGCCCCGACUGGCACCGGGACCCCCCCGGGAUGACCCCCAUGGCGUUCACCACCCUCCUGCUGGUGCUGGCGCUGGGUGCAGGCACGCGUGCCAUAAACAUCACCGAGAUCACCACCACCACCAACACCACCACCACCACCACCACCACCACCGACACCACCACCACCACCACGGACACCACCACCACCGAUACCACCACCACUGACACCACCACCACUGAUACCACCACUACUGACACCACCACCACCGACACCACCACUACGGAAACAACCACCACGCUCGCGACCACUGCUCCCAACGUCACCAUCUCCAAAAACACGAUCGGCAACGGGACCCAAACCCCCAUCUCCUCCCGCGCCACGGUCGUCCCCACCAUAGGCAACAGCACCAGCUUCCAGUCCGGCAGCAGCUCCACAGACAAGGUCACGGCCAAGAGUACUGCGCUGCCCACCUCUGCCAACAUCACCGACAACGGCAAUGGCUGGAUCCCCGUUUCUAACACCAGCACACCCCGGAGCAGCCCCGUGGUCCCCACCUUCCCCACUGGUGCUAGCACGGGGAUCCCCAUCACCAGUGCCCGAGGCAACGGGAGCAGCAGCGCCCAGGUUGUCCCCACCCAGCAAACCGCUGUCACCGCUCAGGGCAGCACGGCUGCCGGGCAAACCCCCCCGGCUGUGCCGGGCAGCAGCAGCGGCCCUGACCCCAGCAAAACUGCAGCUCUGCUUCCCACCACCGUCCAGCUGCUCGUCCCCAUCCCCCUGUCCUUCCGCAUCCUCAACAGAAGCUUCAACGAGAGCCUGCGGGACCCCACGUCCAGGGAUUACCGGAGCCUGAGCUACAGCGUCCUGACCAUGUUUGAAUCUGUGUUUGGCUGCACCAGCUGCGCGCUCCGGCAGAGCUACAAGGGCUGCAGCGAGCUCCGUUUCAGCCCAGGCUCGGUGCGGGCACAGUCCACCCUCGUGUUCGGGCACGGCGAGGGCACCGUCACCAGCGACACCGCGGAGCAGCAGCUGAGGAAUAGUCUGAACCAGGACGGCUUCAUCAGGGACCUGCAGCUCGUCGACAUCCAGAGCACUGUGGUGGUGACGUCCCCAGCACCGGUGUCUGCGGUCCCAGACUGGGCCAUUGCUCUGCUGGUCCUGGUCUCCAUCCUGCUGCUGCUGAGCAUCCUCACCUGCUUCCUCAUGACCACCUGCACCUGCCGCCGGAAAAGCCGUGGGAAGCUGGACCUGCUCAGCACCAAGGAUUCCUACAACCCCAUGGCCGAAUACCCGCCGUACCAGAGCCACGGCCGCUACGCGCCGCCCACCGGCAAACCCAACCCCUACAGCCAGGUAGCCGGUAGCAAUGGCGGGGGGACCGGUACCUUCACCUACACCAACCCUUCCACCGGCUCCGACAACCUCUGAGGAUGCGCCGGGACGGAGGGGAAGGGGCAGCCACAGCCCCUGGUUCUUUUUUGGGGGGGGACACACAGCACCAGCCCCCAGCACGUCCCCCCCGGCGCCGCUCAGCCCCUCGCCGCGGGCAGCGGGAGCUGGACGGUUCUGGAGCAGCCGGAUUCGUGCGCAUGACAGAACUGGAUGAACAAAGAUUUGGGGGGGACAAGGGCUUGUGCCCCCUGCGCUCGCCCCGGGGAUUCCCAUUCAACCGCUCUUUUCUUCGUUGUGAUGUUAUUUUACAGCAGUAUCUUUUUGGGGGGGCGGCACCGGGCUCGGCGGGUGCCAGGUCUGCGCCCGGGCUGUAUUUAUCGCAUUGCACAAUAAACGGGUGAGCGCA